AUGGUAAACUUUAGGGUACUUGCUACAGAAAUAGCGACUGUCGCGAAGUCGUUCGCCGAGCACGCCGUGGUCCCAGACGUCGUCCCAGUGGCUCCGACCGCCCUGCUGAAGGUGACCUAUCCAAGCGGAGUUGAAGUGGAUGAAGGCAAUGAGCUCACUCCAACACAAGUGAAGGACGAGCCCACUGUGUCGUGGGACGCUGAGCAGAAUGCCUUCUACACCGUCGCUAUGACUGGCCCUGAUGCGCGAGAUAGUGAAUGGCAACACUGGCUGGUCGGCAACGUUCCUGGAUCGGACGUUUCUAAAGGCGACGUCCUCACCGAAUACUCUGGCGCUGGACCAAGACCGGGCACCGGUCUACACCGAUACGUCCUUCUUGUCUACCAGCAGCCAGAUAAGAUUGAAUUUGACGAAAACCGCGUGACUAACACGUAG